CUGGCUGCAGCAUCCCUCAUUCUGGCCUGGAAGGCACUGGAAGGCCUGGGAGGGAAAACUAAACUGAGACUCCAUGUGAGCUCUCUCCUUUCUCCUGCAACCUGCACCAUGUGAAUCAUCGAAUCUUGUCAAACCAUGAAACUGUACAUCAUCAUCACCAUGGCAGUGGCGAACACAAGAAUCACAGAAGGGACAUCCUGUGAAAUGGCAAACUCACAGGCAUUUUGCCACAACAGAGACCUCCACCAAAUCCCUCAUGAGCUCCAUCUGAAUGUAAACAAAAUAGAUCUGUCUGGAAAUCUGAUUCAAAGUAUCCCUGAAAUGCCGUUAUCAUUUUACACUUCCCUCCAGUGUCUGGAUUUAAGCUCUAACCAGAUAAGCUUCAUCACGCCUGGAGUGUUUGCACACAUGAUGAGCUUGCUGGAAAUAAAUUUAGCCAAUAAUCACUUAUAUGAGCUUGCUCAGAAUGGAACAGAGGGGAUUGGACUCUUACCCAAGGUGGAAAUGAUGGACUUGUCCCACAACAGUCUGUACAAUGGGAUGGCUGAGUAUUUCAUUAAACAAGCUCCAAUGCUGCAGUAUCUUUCCUUGGCAGACAACAGUAUUGUAAUGAUAUCACACAAGAUGUUUCAGGGAUCACCCAGUCUUGUGGAGAUAGAUCUUCAGAGUAAUAUCAUCAUGGAAAUAGAAGAAGGUGCUUUUGAGACUCUAGUGAACCUUUCCAAACUCAAUCUCUCCACAAAUUCAAUUACUUGCAUCUCUGAUUUCAACCUCAGGCAGCUGGAGACACUUGACCUUAGCAGGAAUAGCAUUGAGACCUUCCACAUCACAAAGUCAGAUGAUGAAUAUAGCUUAAGAUGUCUGGAUCUGAGUGAAAACAAAUUGCUUCACUUCCCAGUCUUCCCUCAGGUAAAUAAACUGGUAACUCUGAAUUUAUCAAAUAAUUUAAUCCAGCUCACUGCUGAAUCCCCUCAGAAUAAAAAAGAUUACAUGGAACAUGAGUGGCUAGAUGCUUAUUUUCAUCUUCUUGAUCAGAAGCAAAGGCGAAACAUAAGUUCUCCUUAUUUAUCCCAGCUUGUAUAUUUAGACUUAAGUUAUAAUGAAAUCAAAUCCAUUCCGGAUAAAUUCUUUGAAUCAAUGUUGUCCCUUCACACCCUUAAUCUCAGUAAAAACUGUCUCCAAGCAUUUUUAGUAACUUAUGACAACGCGUUAACGUCCCUAACUGUCCUUGACUUGAGUUACAAUGCUUUGCAGAACCUUCUCCUUGAUGCUGGUGUGUUGUCCAAUCUGAAGGAGCUUUAUAUUCAAAGCAAUCAUCUUCAGACCCUGCAAUUUGACAUCUUCUCUAGUCUUCCUAGCCUCAGACUGCUUAAUCUACAAAGCAACAACAUCAGCCUUUGCAGCAUGUACUCCAGAUUAGCUAAGCAAAGACUUGCUGGAGAGGAAAGUGGUUGUGUAUCAUUUGUUGAUUCUCCUACUCUUCAGUACCUGUACCUAGCUGACAACAUGCUGAACACCCUACCAGCACGCAGCUUCUACAGGACUUCUCUGAUUGUCUUAGAUCUCACCAUGAACCCUGGAUUGAAAAUAGAACUUAAAGCACUAUCAGGACUGGAAAAGUCUCUGGAAUAUUUGUAUUUACAUGGCAAUAGCUUGGUGGAUUUAAAUAUUGACUUGCCUUGUUUUAGUCACCUUAAACAUUUAAACCUCUCUGAAAAUCAGCUGAACUGGCUGCCUAAGUGGGGUAGUGACUCUCCACUGGAAGUUCUGGACCUACGGAACAAUAAGUUCAGUACAUUACAGAACAGCAACAUUUUAGCAUUAGAAAAUUCGCUUAAAAACUUAUAUCUCACUGGGAACCCACUCGACUGCUGCGGAAACAUCUGGCUUUCAUCAAUGAUACAGAACAAAAAUGUCCAGAUACCCAACGUGGAGCACUUAACGUGCCAGUACACUCAGAACUUCGGGUAUCAGGAAGAAAUGUACAUUUGGAACAUUAGAUCAGAAGACUGUGAAAAAGAGGAUCUGAAGAAAAUCAACAUCCUUAUUAUAUUAACGUUUGUAUUGGUUUUAUCUGUGAUUAUCAUUGGUGCAGGUUCAUUUUUUUGCUUCCGCAGGCAAAACUUCAGCCAUCAGUUCAAAGCAUAGAAACACAAAAUGCCUUGAAAAUUGAAGAAAUUGGGUGCUACACUGGCAGUGUGUAUAAAUAGAGGAUGAAACUCUCAUCUUUGAUUUUUAACUGUGGAUUUUAAGAUGGUUUUGAAGUGCCCCUGAACUGCACCACUGUAGUGGUCUGGGUUCCAGGGACCAGAAGGAGAAUUUGCCAUGUUUUACACUUGCUUCGUUCACAUGCAGAUCUGCUUAACAAGUUCAUACAGUGGUAGAGGAGACCACUGUAAAGUGCUGCUGUUGUUUUGAGGGAUGUGCAAUUUAAACCAGACUGAAAGAAAAAGCCCUCUAAGGUCUUGAGACCUGAGACUUUCCACUAAGCUCAGAGCUCAUUGAUUACAUCAGCCAUGUAGGAAAUCCCUUCUCAAAGUUAUGUGCCUCCAUCAGAUGUUUUGAUUUUGUCUGGUCUGAGCUUUGUUUUUUUCCUAAGUGGUUAGCUCCUAACACUUCUUAAUCUGAAAUCAUACCAAAAUAUACCGGAGUGGGUCAAAACACAAUCUUCACUCCUUGAGGUUGGUUGCAAAUUUCCCAAGAGUUCCAAAACAACGAGAAUUUAGCUAAAAAAAAAAAUAUAUGGAAAUUACAGUUGGUGUCUGUUGUGCUCGUGGCUGUCAUCUAGAAAAUCUAGAAAAUGUUUGUUAGGAUGUUGCUCCAGUCACAAGGGCAAGACAUGAGAAGUAUAUGAGGUCAAUUAGUCCUGGAAUUUACUACCCACGAGGGAUGUAGAAGAAGUCUCAAGCAUGAAACAACUGCACUAUAUGUUACCCAGAUCUGCUCAGAAGCUCACAGGUCCACAGUUCAACUAAAAGAGGAGAAAUUCGCCCCUCAUGUGCAAUGCGUAUUUAACUUGGUUUAAUGUGAAGAAAUUAAUCUCCAGGGUGAACAUUUUUUUUAAAAGAAAAAUCUUGGAAAUGAAUUUCAACAGCUAUCAUUGGACUGAAAUUUUUAUAUUUCUGAGGAAAACUGUUGGCAAUUCGCUACAUACAGUUGCAUUUCAAUGCAGAAGAAUAAUAUAUCUAUUUUUAAGGGUCACAGGAUUUAGUCUACAAAAAGGUACUUUAAAAAUACCAUUGUGAAAUGAUACACAGGGAACCUAGUCCUGAGACAUUAUUUAGAUCAGAUGUCCACUGUCUCUCCCUAAAGAGAUAUUAUGGUCUAUAGGAUGGGCUACAAGAAAAGUUAUGUAGAUACUCAUUCUAUGAUGGGUUUAAUGUGGCUAACCUGUUCUGUUGCUAAAAGUUGACACUGACAUACCUUGUGUUCUAAACCAUGACAGAAAAUUCACCAUUUUGAAGUUAAGAAAAGCUCAUCAACAGGGGGAAACUGACCUGCUAACAGGGUUCAAUGGCUUGAAAGGAACUGUAUCAAGUUUGCUUUUAAUGCCAGUAAAUGUACAUUAAAACAUACAAGAGUAAUAGAGGUCAAACUGAAACCUGUCCAAGUAAAUAACUCAGAGCCAAAUUGCUGCUCCAUACCUGUUCCUUUCAGCUGGUGAAUGUCAAAAUUAACACACUACGAAAAGGUGUAUAAUUCUAUUUUAAAUCAUUUAUGUAAGAAACUGGUUGGUGAUUUUCUCUGUGGAAUUUUGUACAAUAAAAAAAAUAUCUUCGAACUU